GCAUACACGCCGUCUUGUUCAUCAUUUGUGUUUAUUUCCUGCUCGUUCGAACCAUACGCCUGCAAUGGACCAUGCUCAGUGGGAUAGUCAUCAUGUUCCUCCUCGCCACGGCCGACGUCGCAUUCUCUUUCCACACCCUUCUCGGAAGAACUCACGUUGUGAUUCGGGGGACGACCUUGACAUUUCUAGAGAGGGUAUAUCCAAAAUACCUAAUCUACGUCACGAACAAUUUCAUUGCUGUUGUACUGAUGAUCACAAGAUUCUACGUCGUUUGGGGUCAGCGGAAGUACCUAUUGGUAGUGGCGGGCGUCCCACUCCUGGUCGUGACUGGCCUAGGAUACGCGUCGCACAUUCGAGAACCGGAAACGCUUCGCAGAUUCGUUCCAAUAUUCUUUUUGAUCAACCUCGUCUUGAACAACGUGUUGACCUUUCUGACCGCUACUCGAAUUUUCUGGAUCUCAACAAGCUCGAGCGAUGUCCUUGGUAGGAGAGUCAAGCAAUACCGAGUCACAAGUGCUGUUAUAGUUGGGCAAAACCUCAACACCUCAUUUAGCGUGGAAUCCGGUGUCUUGUACAGCAUUUCAAUGCUCUUGGUCAUUGCGAUUGCUUCUACCCCUUGGAUUACCCUUGCAACCGCCAUGAUGCUCCGCAUCGUAUGCAUUGCCCCUGUCCUCAUCGUCGCCCAGAUCGCCGUUGGCCACGCCACUAGAAAUCCCAACAAAAUCCACGCCAGGACGGAACCGCACGCUGGUACUUCAAUCGUUCUGGACACAAUUAUCCGCACAGACAUCCCGGAUGAUCUCUCGAUGGAAGUAACCUCGACUGCACCUGGUCAGGUCAACGAGGAAUCUGGGGUAGAGGAGCGGGAAGAAGUGAAGAAAAGCAGGCUUGGGCCCAGUCUUGGGUAG